AUGACAAAUGAUACCACACUUGAAUAUUUUGGUGCCACAACAUUCCGCCUCCGGGCAGCGGGCUUGGCAAUCUUCCACGAUACAUGGUUGGAUCGGCCAUCACGGAUGCCAAAGUGGUUAGAUAUCAACUCCGUAACUGAAGCGGAUUACAUUCUUAUAUCACACGCCCAUUUUGACCAUCUUCCUGGUGCCGACAAAAUUGCCUUAAAUACAGGCGCCAUCAUCAUCGCCAACUGUGAGGCAAUCAACAGACUUCGGGAUAAAGGUGUUCCAGACGAUCAACUUGUCCCAGUCUCUGGAGGUGAGCGUAUUCCAUUGUUCACCAAGGAUGUGCGUGAUGCGGCAAAAUCUGGACAAGUCGCUCUGCGCGCUGGCCCUCCCGGGGCACCUGCCGAGCCUCAUCAUUCGCUAGCUGUGGCGGAUGUUCAUAUCUGGCCAAGUCUUCACUGCCUUAUCCCUGGCACCCACGAUACACUACCAGAUAUAUUCGACUCUGGUACCGAGUAUGCCGGAAGUGCAACGCCAUAUGAUGGUACUUUAGACAUCACUCGCGGGAUGAAGUACGGGUUGUUCAGAUUGAAGGAGAUUAUCGGAGAACAAAACAUGGAUAAAGAUACAAGAUCUUUCACAGAUUGGAUGGAGGAUAAAAAUGAGAACGUGAUGUCUGCGUGUGAUGGAGGGCAACUGUUGUUCAACGUGUUAAUCGGGGGUAAGCAAGGGGGAAAGUCUAAAAACGUUUUAUUCAACGGGCAUCUCGGCGCGUAUGAGGGUAUUGUGAAGGAAAUUCGACCAAAACCCGAUAUCGCAGUGCUGGGCAUUGCUGGAAGGGCAAACCUGAAUGGGAGACCAUUUGACGGAUCCGCAGCCAUGUUUGCCACGAAAUUGGUCAAGUGGAUGGGAGAGCCGGAAAGAGUCAUCUGGUGUUUGCAUGAUGAAUGUCUCAUAAAACCCUACCGGGUUGAUACGACAGCUGCAACGCAAGCCGUAGAGGCGGAUACGAGAUCAAAAGUAAUGGAUCUGCAACAUGGCCAGUUGUAUAGCCUAUUUUCUGAAGGGCCGUAG